GUGGUUCAUUGCUGGUAACUCAUACCAAUAGUAACAGAUUACUGUACGUUUGUUUGUUUGUUUGUUUGUUUGUUUGUUUGUUUGUUUUGGCUCUUGGGAUAGAAGUGGGUUGAAACUGGCUAUCAUGUUGCUCACAGUUACCUUGAACUCCUGAUCUUUCUUCCUCUGACUUCCAAGCUCUCCUAUUUUUGGAUUUGGUUUUUUUUUUUAAUGUAAGGAGACUCUGUGAAGAAGAAAAGGGCAAGUAAGAUGGCUCAGAGGGUAAAGAUUCUUGCCCCCAAAUCCGAUAACCUGUUUGAUCCUCAGGCCCUACAUGGUAUGAGGAGAGAAUGAACUACCAUAGGUUGUCUUGAUACGUGUGUUUCUACCACCCCGAAACAAAUAAAUAAAUGCAAUUUAAAACUCCUAUGUUGAGAACCUGGAAAAAUGGCUUGGUGAGUAAAGAUGUUUGCAGUCAAGCCUGCCAGCCUGAGAUUAAUGGCCAAGACUGACUUCUCCACACAUGCCAUGCAUCGUGAGUACAGUCCCUUACAAGCAUGCACACUUCGAGUGGUAAUUAAAUGUAAUUGUUAGAACUUUUACUUAAUUAUAUGUGUAUGCACCUAUGUGAAUUUCAGCACACCACAUGUAUUCAAGAGCUGGAGGAGGCCAGAAGCUGGGGUUAAAUCUCUUGAAACUGGAGUUACAGGUGCUGGGAACUGAACCCAGGUCCUCUGUAAGAGCAACAAAGUGCCCUUAACCAAUGAAUCACCCUUCUAAUCCUAAAUCCCCACAGUUGACUGUCUUCUCUCCUCUCACCUGACUUGAAUAAAAUGCUUCCUGCAGUUCCAGGCACAGCUGUUCGACUCUCCUGUGCCAAAUGUAAAAGAGUUUUUCAGGAGGGACAAACAGCUUUUCAGAGGAAAGGGUCUGCUGAGCUUUUCUGCUCAAGACUAUGCAUUGAUGGGUGCCCUUCACCUGCUGUGUCUCCACCUUCACCUGCUGUGUCUCCAGCUCCUCUCAAAAGGAUGUGCUUAAAUUGCUCCAGAGUCCUAAACCUGGAAGGGACAUUAGAGAUCACCCAGUGCAGACCUUUUCUUUUGGUUUUGAGGAAACUGAGGCCCUGAGGAGUUAAGGCACUGUGUUGCUAUGGUUAGCAUAUACGCACUACAUUUCUUCAGCCCCAGCUUUGCUACAUGUCACAGGCGUUGAAAAGACUCAUGCAAGAAAGAAUUUGCUGUAGACAUUUUAAGUCUAAAGGAUAUGAAGAGUGUCCAGUUGGAGGACAGUAGUUGUGACAAAAACUUUUGUAGCCAGUCUUGUCUUAUAUCAUAUGAAGAAAAAAGAAAACCACAUGUUACCAUAUAUCCUGAUGGCAGUUUGCCUAAGUGCAGCAUGUGUCAGAAGACAUCUACUAAACCACCCAGAAUACUUAGAUCUUCCCCUUGCAAAUCCCUGCAACUGUCCGAUGAGAUGAUUGUGAUUACUAACCACUUGGGGAACGUAGAGGUUUACUGCUCUGUUUGCUUUUCUUCAUACAACAGUGCUGUGAUGGAAUCUUCUUCAGUUAAUGUAUCCGUGGUGCACAGUUCUUCAAAAGAGAAUCUCUGUCCAAAGAAAUAUCCAGUUAUAAGCAAUAUAAUGUCGUUAGUAAAUACUCAUGUUGACCUGGUCGUGGACACUGAUCUCUUACAAGGUACACUUUCUUCUCUACCGACAAAUGUCAUCGUGAGUAACUCAGCCAGUGAGUCCAGCAGUGGUGUUGGUGAUAGUGCGGACCAGCCAGGCCUCCUCCCACCUUGCUCGGUGCUCUGUGAGGACACAGCUGCUCCCAGUGAGGGAGUACAGAACAACAGUGAGAAAUCCAUGAAAGGAAAUGAUAGGUUGUAUCUCUCAAAGUCCACAUCAACAGAACAAAACAUUAAGACAGACCCUCUGGUAGAGUCCUGGAGCCCAGGUUUCCAGCAUCUGCAUCCCAGCACUGCAAACAAUAUCGCAUUCUGCUAUUCUUGCUACUUGUUCUUCCAGAAAAAAUUUAGCUGUCGGAGAGAAGCUUUUGCAACCCAAGGAACUGCUGACUGGGAGAAAAUGCUGGAAAUUUUCAGAAAGCAUGAAGAGAGUGACAUGCACUUAAAGUCACUGCAAUUUUGGAGGCAAUACCAGUUUCUCGAUGCUGUUCCGCAUGACAAUUCAUCUGUUUAUUCAAAAAUGAUUGAAGGAAAUAAAAAGUAUCUCAGGCUCAUCAUUGAGAACAUUUUAUUUCUUGGAAAACAGUGCUUGCUGUUAAAAGGGAAUGACCAGUCUGUUUCACCCAUGAGUAAAGGCAGUUUUUUGGAGUUACUAGAGCUUCGAGCAAGAGAUAGAGGAGAAGUAUUUCCGCUCAUGAGUUCUCACGUGGACUUCUAUAGCAGCACGCUUGUCCAGGAGGAGAUUAUUGACAUGAUAAAGGGUGAACUGUUGCGAGACCUCGUGAGUGAGAUCAACGCCGCCUCAGCCUUUUCAAUAAUCUGUGAGGAGCUAGCAGGUAGUGCUGCUGAGAGACAGAUUUCCGUGUGUGUGAGGUACCCACAAAAGACGCCAAGUGCUGUCUUGGUUAAGGAAAGGUUCCUGGGGUUUGUGACUGCCGAGGAGGUGACUGGGGUCCACGUGCAUGGGCGGAUCAAAGCUUACCUGCAGCAGGUUGGGGUUGAUUUUAAUAAAAUAUGUGGCCAAGCCUAUGAUAGUGCCACAAAUUUUAGGGUAAAAUUGAAUGAAGUUGUAACAGAAUUCAAGAAGGAAGAGCCAAGAGCUCUCUAUGUGCAUUGUCACGCCCAUUUUUUUGAGUUAGCAGUGAUUAGCUUCUGUAAGGAGGUGAAGGAGCUCCGAGAGGCACUAAACACUCUCUGCUCUUUGUUCAACACGGUUCAUGUGUCUGAAGAAAUGUUGGCAAGUUUGCAAACCAUGUGUAAGCUAAGUCUGAAUAAAACUUGUAAGAAACACAUGUCACAGUCAUGUUGGCCAGCCCACGACCAUUUGCUGCUGGCCCUGAAGGAGUGCCUUCCGGAAGUCGUCGAGGUGCUGGCGUCGGUUUCGCGCAGGUGUGCAGGCACGGCUGUGGCUGCCGAGCUGGAGGACCUGUUGGCCAUGGUUACCAAGUUUGAAUUUAUAUUUUGUUUGAAAUUUCUUUAUCGAGUACUCAGUAUCACAGGGAUUCUUUCUAGAGAGUUUCAAAGUGAAACUCUUGACAUCUUUUCUUUGUUUUCAAAAAUAGAAGCAAUUUUGGAAUGUUUAUCUUCUGAAAGGAAUGAUACAUAUUUUAAAACUAUCUGGGAUGGAGCAGAUGAAAUAUGUGAAAAGAUAACCAGUAAGGGUUUUGAUGUUGAGAAACCCUCUUUUCAAAAAAGAAGAAAAAUUCAAAGAACAGUAGAUCCUGACAACUCAGAGCAUAUGUUUUUUCCUACUUCAGCAGAUGAACAAUAUAAAAUUAAUAUUUACUACCAAGGUCUGGACACUGUAUUAAAAAAUUUAAAGUUAUAUUUUUCAGAGUUUGACUAUUGUAAAAUGAAACAAAUUUCAGAGCUGUUACUUAAGUGGAAUGAGCCAUUAAAUGAAGGAACAGCCAAGCACAUCCAGGAAUUCUAUAAGCUUGAUGCAGACAUCAUUCCUGAGCUCCGAUUUUACCGGCAGUAUGCAAGUUUCAACUUCAUCACAGAGAAUGGGUCCUUAAGCUUCAUUGACCUGGGCUGUUUGUUUAUUCAGCAUGGUCUCCACAAUAAUAUUCCUUGUAUCACGAAGCUGUUGCAUAUUGCUUUAUCUUGGCCAAUUACUUCAGCAAAUAAUGAGAAGUCAUUUUCCACGCUGUCUCAUCUUAAAACAUACUUACUUCGUACCAUGGGACAAGAGAAACUUAGUAGCCUGGCUCUGAUAGCUGUUGAGCAGGAACUGGUAAAUAAACUGAUGGAACCUGAAAGACUGGGGGAAAUUGUCGAAAAGUUCAUUAGUCAAAUGAAAGAUACGUGAGACAAACUUGCAACUUUGAGCUUAAUUAAAAGAAUUCUGAGGUUUUAUUAGAAUCCUAAUGAAGUUUUGUUUGUUGGAGGUUCUUUGAGAUAGAUAGGGAUCUUGCUGUGUAGCCUAGGCUAGUCUUGAAUUUGUAAGCUCUUGAGACUGAUUAACCCUCUUACCUUCUCCUUUAAAGUAUCCCAGUUGACAUAUUGUGUCUUAGGCACAUCUCCAUUUAAUACAUUUACUGAGCAGCUACUAUAUACCAGGUAGUAGGAUCCGUGCUGGAGGUACAGGAGCCUAGAGUCAAUGGAACAUGGUUUUUUCUAAUAUAGAAGUCUCGUAAGCCUGGCACAGCGGCACACUCCCAGAACCCCCCAGACUAGACUGGGACUCACUGGUAACAUACUUAACUUCCCUAGAAUGCAUAAGGCCCAGAUUCAAUUCCCAGUGCCAAGGAAGUCCUGGAAUACCAUCAUAACUGCUAGUGACCAUGUGCAUUGUUCAAUAAAUUUUUAACUAAAAACCAUUGCUGGGAAGAGAAUAAUUCUACAGAAGCAAAAAAUUAGAGGCCUAACUGGAACAAGACCAUGCUACCAGCAGAGAGAUGCAGAGUGGCUGUGAGGUUAAGGUUUGAAGUACAGAGUAGGUGGACCAGGCAGUGGUUUUUCUCUUAACAACUGCAUCAGCUCAUUCCGAGAGGAAAAAGAUAAAGGAAGUAGGGAGUUUAGCAAGGCUGAUUGAGCUUUGGUUCUCAGCUACCUGCUUCGUUAAAAGAAUAAAGACAGAGGUUAAGCAGGUGGCACCUGACCAUUCAGGAUCAAGGAACUCAUUUCAGGUUCUCAACCCCCAACUUAGGCAGUUCAGAGCGUCAGCCGAAUUCUGGGCUCCCAGUAGUCACUUAGUUGUGCUGUCCUUAUUCUCCAGAAGAAGCCAAAAGCCAGAGCAGAGGGAGUCCAGCCUUCAUGCCUUUAUAGAGGGGACCUGGUGCAGAUAGCAUUCCCUCUGGGCUGCACACAGAGUAGCGCCUCCGAGACUAGAAUCAAUUCCACGGGAGCCACAAGCCCCUGGAGUUGCUCCAUGGUCUGUCUCCAUUUCCCUUAGAUCUCAUCUGCUGAACUGUACCUGUGCUAGCAAGUCCUUCUCCAGCCUCUGUGUCCUCAGGGUGGACAUGAUGUGGACAAAACGUAUUGGUUCUCCAGUUGUCUGCUUAGUCCCAUCUUCAUUGACUGGGCCCUUAUUACACCACGGCCUAGUUUGUGCCAAACUUCACUUGGAUUCCCUAUGGCCUCUGCCAGAGGUGUCUUGCUCUGUUGCUAACCACCCAGCCCUCACUCUCGGGCAUAAUGCACCCUGAGUUCACAGACCUGCAUGGAUUUGAAAAAGGUAAAAGUCCUAGCUAUCCUUAGCUGUGCCGUGAAACUGAGUCCAGCAGGAGUGAUGAGCAGUCAGGGACAAGGCUGUCUUCAGGUGUGGGGAUCCUGGGACUCCAACAUGCAGGAAGGGGCUCUACCACUUGGGACUCUAGGAUCGGUACCUGCCAUGGUGGGGAAGUUAGGGAUAGGCUAGCAGAGCUAGGCCAUUUCUUAUACUAGAGGAAGCAGUCCUCAGCAUGCGUCUAGAUAGAAUAUACCUUUAGUCCCAGUACUUGGGAAGU